AAAGAAACACUCACAAGUCAUAACCCAUAAACAGAUAGUAUAAUACAAUUUCACAUUGAUUUUCCGAUAACAAUCAAAACCCAUAUCACAAAUCAUGUUCGUACCUUAAUUUCCAGAAAAAACCAACUUUUUCAACCAUAAAAAUCCUUACUCUUUACUGUUUCUUGGAUGGGUCAAAACAAGAUUUUGACCAAUGAUGCUACAAAGAAAUCAAGCCCAAAAUUGACUUUAUUACCAUUAAUUGCACUUAUAUUUUAUGAAGUUUCUGGUGGUCCAUUUGGUGUUGAAGAUUCAGUAAAAGCAGGUGGUGGUGCUUUACUUUCAUUAUUGGGCUUUAUAAUUUUUCCAAUUUUUUGGAGUAUUCCUGAAGCUUUAGUGACUGCUGAAUUAGCUACAAGUUUUCCUGAAAAUGGUGGUUAUGUUAUUUGGAUUUCAUCUGCUUUUGGCCCUUUUUGGGGCUUUCAAGAAGGAUUUUGGAAAUGGUUUAGUGGUGUGAUGGAUAAUGCACUUUAUCCUGUUCUGUUUCUUGAUUAUAUGAAGCAUUCGGUUCCGAUUUUUGAUGAAUUUUAUGCUAGGAUUCCUGUUUUGUUAGGGAUAACUGUUUUGUUAACUUAUUUGAAUUAUAGAGGUUUGCAUAUAGUUGGAACUAGUGCUGUUGUUCUUGCUGGUUUUUCUUUGUGUCCAUUUGUUGUGAUGAGUAUCCUUUCAAUACCGAAAAUUAGGCCUAAAAGAUGGGUAAAGUUGGAUUUCAAGAAAGUGGAAUGGAGGGGUUAUUUUAAUAGUAUGUUUUGGAACUUGAACUAUUGGGAUAAAGCUAGUACACUUGCUGGUGAAGUUGCAGAUCCUAGUAGGACAUUUCCGAAAGCUCUUUAUGGUGCGGUUAUACUUGUGGUUUGUUCGUAUUUGAUUCCACUUUUGGCGGGAACAGGGUCGUUGGAAUCGGAUUCAAGUAAGUGGAGUGAUGGAUAUUUUGCUGAAGUUGGGAUGUUGAUUGGAGGGUCUUGGCUUAAAUGGUGGAUUCAAGCUGCUUCUGCUAUGUCGAAUUUAGGAUUGUUUGAAGCCGAAAUGAGUAGUGAUGCUUUUCAACUUCUUGGCAUGAGUGAGAUUGGGAUGCUUCCUUCUGUAUUUGCUUCAAGGUCAAAGUUUGGAACGCCUACAGUCAGCAUAUUAUGCUCAGCAACUGGUGUGAUCUUCUUGUCAUGGAUGAGUUUUCAGGAAAUCUUGGAAUUUCUGAACUUUCUUUAUGCAAUUGGAAUGCUCUUUGAGUUUGCAGCAUUUAUAAAACUUAGACUAAAGAAACCCGAUCUUCACAGACCAUAUAAAGUUCCUCUCAAGACAUUUGGGGCAAUUAUGCUGUGUAUACCUCCUUCAUUUUUACUUGUUCUCGUUAUGUGUUUGGCGUCUGCAAGAACGUUUCUAGUGACUGGUGGGGUUCUUGUUAUUGGGUUUCUCUUGUACCCAGCCAUCAUUCAUGCAAAGAAUAAAAAGUGGGCUCAUUUUAUCUCUGAAGAUGACUCGAGCUCAAUUAAUCGGGAUGUUGAAGAUCAUGAAAACCCGGCCCUGCACGUGAGUGAUGAAGCUGAGGUUAGUCUGCUGGCGGACUCAUCAUCUUCUAAGAUGGAUAAUGGGUCGGAAAUAUUGCCCGACUUAGGAUCAAAGUCGAUAUGAGAUUAUUAGACAUACCCAAUUCUACAUUCUUGUUGUAUUUAAAAGAAAUAUCUAAGCUGUAAAUGAUGAUUAUAUUCAUUAUUAAUGUUGUACUUACUGAGAAUGUUGAAAUAGGACUAUUGAUGCA